AUGGCAAAGCUAGCUUCAACUGUUUUGAUUUUCAGUUCAAUAAUGGCACUUGUUUUGCUAUCUUCAUGCCCAGCAAUGUCUCAAGAAGUUGAAGAUGAGAGUGAGUUUAAUUAUGAUGAAGGGAGUGAUAAAGGACCACAAAAUUGGGGGAACAUUAAACCAGAAUGGUUCAUGUGCAAAAAUGGAACAAAGCAAUCACCAAUUGAUUUAUUGAAUCAAAGGGUUCAAAUUGUAUCAAAUUUAGGAGCACUCCAAAUUAACUACAAGCCCUCUAAUGCAACUCUUAAAAAUAGAGGUCAUGAUAUCAUGUUGGAAUUAUUUUCCAACUCAAGCUAUCUACAAAUUAAUGGAACUCAAUAUGUGCUUAAACAACUCCAUUGGCAUUCUCCUUCUGAACACACCAUAGAUGGCAAAAGAUUUGAUCUAGAGUUACAUUUGGUACACCAAACUCCAUCAGGAAAAAUAGCAGUGAUUGGAAUAUUGUACAAGAUUGGAAUACCAGAUAUUUUCUUAUCAUUGUUGAAGAAGGACUUGGAGGCAAUUUCUGAAAGUACCGGGGCAGAAAGGGAAAUAGGUAUAGUUGUUCCUAAUCUGAUUACAUUUGGCAGAAGACAGUAUUAUAGAUACAUUGGUUCGUUGACUACUCCACCAUGCUCUCAAAAUAUUACUUGGACAAUUGUUACAGAGGUGAAAUCUGUUUCAAAGGAGCAAAUCGAAUUGCUUCGAGUUGCGGUUCAUGAUGAAUCAAACUCUAAUGCAAGACCAUUGCAACCUCUAAAUGACCGUUUAGUGCAGCUCAAUAAAUUUGGACCAAGAGUAUGA